ACAAAAUCAGGCAUACAUACAUAGAUACAUACCGAAUCCUCCAUAAAGCGCGAGUCAGGGGCUCUUAGGCACAAGGUUGCUUCACCUAAUAUAAGAAACGAUAAUGCCUCCAAAGGCGAAAGCAAACAAGAAAGCCGAUACAAAAAGGGCCGAAAAACUGAUAGAAGACAAGACAUUUGGCCUCAAAAACAAGAACAAGAGUAAAAAGGUCCAGCAAUAUGUGCAAGCAGUGACCACGCAGACGAAACACAACAUCGGCGUCAAAACCGAGGCAGAAAAAGCGGCGGCUGCCAAAGCCAAGAAAGAAGCCAAGGAGAAGGAGGAUGUGGAGCUGAAGCUGUUGUUCAUGCAGAUGCAAGCUGGCGCGGGCAAGACGAGCAAGGCGAUGGAAGCAGCGGCAGAAGCCCAGAAGGCGAAGAGGGAAGCGGCCAUGAAGGCCAAAGGCGGUCAAGGGGCCGCGCAGUGGAUCGAGAUCGACAUGACCGGGAAGCCGUUGGAGGAGGUCAUCGAGUACGAGCGGCAGAAGCUGGCCUUCUUCAAGAAGAAUGUGACGCCGGUGACGGAGGAGUCGUUCGCGCGCUGGAAGAAGGAGAAGGCGGAGAAGAGGAAACGAGAGAACGCAGAGAAGGUGAAGGCAGAGAUCGCCAAGAAGACAAAGGGGAAAGGUCUGAGCGUUUUGAGUGGGAAGGCUCUCUUUGAAUACGAUGCCGCCCUUUUCGUUGAUGACGAGGAGGCGGGGGAGGAGCAGGUGGACGUGAAGAAGUUGAGGUCUCUGAUGGAAGAGGAAGAGGAUAGGGACGGAGAAGUGGAAGAGGGGCUGGCAGUGGCGGGAGGGGGAGGAUGA